UUCUUUACCCGGAAAUUGUACCAAUUUUAUUUCCGGGGUUGUAAGAAAUCCUGAAGUAGAAGAAAUGGUAGUGUUAGCCUAGUUAAAUGUCUUAAAAUAGCACUUGUUUAUUUAACGUUUCAUUCUAAAUGACCCAAAUUUGUUAAAAAUCGUAGUUUUUGGAUGUACGUCUUGUGUUUGAGUUAGUUUUAUUCAGGAUUUAGAGUCAGUAACUUGCACGUGGACGUGUGUUUUUGGAGAAAAUGAAGAACAGAGGUGGCGGAUGGAUAGACUCUCGACUUAAACAAAGAGUUCAACAGUAUCUGGCCUCUAGUGACUGUGAAUAUGUGGACAUUUCAACCCUGGCCCUCGACCUUCAGAAACAAUACAGACUGGACUACGGCAGGAGGAACAAGACGGCUUUCAGAAUUCAUGUAGAAAAAGUGUWUGAAGCCGUCAAGGAGGAGUCUGAUCUGAAUGACCUGGAGGCCAAACAUUUAGCCAAGAGAGCCAAAAGCAGCCACAAUGAUACCGGAGAWGGCAGCAGUGACUCAGAGCAGUCCUCAGACACAGAAGAAGACCGCCCUCCAGACAACUCUUCCAACAACCUUCUUACGUCUCUGUAUCGUAAGGGCACCUCUGCUCCCAGCAGUCCUGCCAGCAAAGCCACGCCCCCUCCUCCCAGCGCAGGGACACUGGUGUCCUCUGGAGGCUUCUUUAUCGAUAAAGGCAGAGGCCCUGCAGGGAGCAGUGUCCUGAUCGACCUGUGUGAGGAUGAGUCUGACAGUAAAGCAGCAGCUCAGACCGACAUGUCGAUGCUGGAAUCUCAGAAGAGUCGCAAAAAGUCAAGAAAAAGGGCAAAGAACUCAGCUGAAACAGCAGAGUUCCCCACCAUGAAUAAAAAAGAGCUCCAGUCCGUGUAUCCUGUUCAUAGACGAGAUCGAUGCCAUCACCCCUAAACGGGAGGUAGCCUCUAAAGACAUGGAGAGGAGGAUUGUUGCCCAGCUGUUAACCUGCAUGGAUGACCUGAACAGUCUGACUGUGACAGCUCAGGUUCUGGUCAUCGGGGCCACCAACAGACCAGACUCCCUCGACCCGGCCCUCCGCCGAGCUGGACGCUUCGACAGAGAGAUCUGUCUGGGUAUMCCUGAUGAGUCCGCUCGUCUCAGGAUUUUAAAGACGCUGUGUCGUAAGCUGACGCUGCCCGAAGACUUCGACUACCAGCAGCUGGCUCGGCUCACCCCAGGCUAUGUCGGAGCUGACCUCAUGGCGCUCUGCCGUGAGGCCGCCAUGGCUGCCRUGRACAGGKUUCUGCUGGAAAUGAGGGCUCCUCCACCGAGCCAGCUGCAGAGCUCUGCUGAAGAAGGAAGCAGGGAGCAGGCGGAGGCUGGAAACCAGCAGCAGCAGGGGGAGCUGUGGAAGUUGCUGAACCUGCUGAAAGCCACAGAGACGCUAUCGGAGGAGGAGCUGGUGGGCCUGUCCAUCCUCAUGUCUGAUUUUCAGGAGGCUCUGUCCAGGGUUCAGCCUUCAGCCAAGAGGGAGGGCUUUGCCACGGUCCCUGACGUCACCUGGGAGGAUGUUGGAGCGCUGCAGGAGAUCAGAGAGGAGCUCACCAUGGCCAUACUUGCUCCAGUUCGUUCUCCACAGCAGUUCAAGGCUUUAGGUCUCAGCGCUCCAUCUGGGGUUCUGYUGGCUGGACCUCCAGGCUGUGGAAAAACCCUGCUGGCCAAGGUGGUUGCCAAUGAGUCAGGCCUCAACUUUAUCUCUGUGGAAGGUCCAGAGCUGCUCAACAUG